AUGGCUCGAGAAUUUAUGAUGGCCGAGCAUCCUGGAAAGGAUCACUACAUCAUUACUGGAACUCAUGGAACGCUGGACUGGAUGCAUGGAAAGAUGCACGAAGUCAGAGUGCCGGAAUACUACUGGAAAGCGCAGUGCUACGACGAUGGAAAGUCCGCCUGGGCUUGGGCAAUCAUUAUCAAAAAUACAAACGCCCAUGCUUCUGCUGACGAAAGUUCUGGCAUCGAAGUGAUGACUGUUGCUGAUCUCUCUGCUCGUUUCCUCGGUGGCCCGAUUUUCGAUUCUACCUGCCAAAACGCUGGUCUUGGCCCUUGGAAAGAAGUUCGGGAAAAUUGGUCUCAGUGGCAGAGCAAACUCGGCUGCCACUUCCCCGCUUCUGCUGAUGAAAAUAACGAUACAGUAGAUGCUGAAGGCGAAGAUGGAAAAUUACGAUUCGUUCCGAGAGCCCAUCCACCGCAGUUGUAA